UUACCUUUCGCAAGUGGCAGGCGUUCGGAAGACGGGAGAAGUUGUCGCUCCAGCCUCCGCCUUCUCUUCGUCAUGGAGGCUCGGGCGAGCUUCUGCCGCGAGGAAAUUAACAGCACCGUGUGGGAGGUUCCGGAGAAGUAUGCCCAUCUCAAGCAGAUCGGAACCGGGGCGUACGGCUCUGUUUGCUCAGCAACAAAUGAGAAGACUAAGGAGAGAGUGGCCAUCAAGAAGCUGCACAGGCCCUUUCAAUCAGAGAUCUUUGCUAAAAGGGCUUACCGGGAACUGCGGUUGCUCAAACACAUGAAGCAUGAAAACGUAAUAGGACUUCUUGAUGUUUUUACACCUGUUUCAAGCCUUGAUGACUUCCAGGACUUCUACCUGGUGAUGCCUUACAUGUUUACUGACUUGUCAAAGGUGCGAGGUCAUCUCUCCGAAGACAAAGUCCAGUUUCUUGUCUACCAAAUGCUCUGUGGACUCAGGUACAUUCACAAGGCUGGAAUCAUUCACAGAGAUCUCAAACCUGGAAAUUUGGCUGUAAACCAAGACUGUGAAUUAAAGAUUUUAGACUUCGGGCUAGCUCGCAGUACCGACGCUGAGAUGACAGGCUAUGUGGUUACCCGUUGGUACCGGGCGCCUGAGGUCAUUCUGAACUGGAUGCACUACACACAGACCGUGGACAUUUGGUCUGUAGGCUGCAUCAUGGCUGAAAUGAUCAACGGAAAAACCCUUUUCAAAGGCAAAGACUACAUGGAUCAGCUGACGCAAAUCAUGAAAGUAACCGGAGUGCCUGGACCAGAGUUUAUACAGAAGCUGGACAGCCAAGAGGCAAAAAAUUAUGUGAAAGCCCUUCCUUGCUAUCCAAGAAAAGACUUCUCAACGUUGUUUCCCCGAGCCAGUGUAAAUGGCAUUGACCUGCUGGAGAAGAUGCUUGUUCUGGACGGUGACGAGAGGCCUACAGCUGAACUGGCGCUGGAGCACCCAUACUUUGACAGCCUCAGGGACCCAGAUGACCUCCCUGAGCCUGAACCAUACGAUGACAGCCACGACAAUGCCAAGUUAUCGCUGGAAGAGUGGAAGCGGUUAUGUUUCCGAGAGGUGAAGAGCUUUGUUCCAUUCCCUCGACGGGACUCCAAGAGAAAAAACACAUUGACUAUGACUCCCUGACUUGAUAAAUGUCUUGUAUAUAAGUAUGUUUAUUGCCCAAAUUAUUGCACAGCCAAUUGUGUCCUUGUACAAGACUAUUAUGGUUUUGUUUUAUUUCUUCUACCCAGAUUAUGUUUACAUUUCAAAUAGUUUUGUAAAACAGUUUUGAGUCAAGUGCAGGUGUUUGUGACAGAGACAUUUCAUAUUGCUUAGUCAAUUUACCACGGGUGAAAAAUAAAUUCUAUUGGUCCUUUUCAGUUAAAGAAUACCUGACAAUUAUAGUGUUGACAUUAUGGUUUUAAGAUAGUAACACUAAAAUAAUAACCUUCACAAAUGUCAUUGUAUGAAAUGUUUAUUGUCAGGAGCAUUUUAUGAUCAUGUACAUGAGUAUGAUUGUCACUUUUAUUUUUGUUCAUUUGUGAUUUCUGUCACCUUUGUGCUAUAAAAAUACAAAUGUUCUACUGUAUGCCUGAAUUUUAAACAGAUUGCACGUAUCUCCUAGAUGUUGGUAAUUAUGUAAAAUGAUUAGGUACAUUUGCAUGUUUUUGUUCCUAAAUGGAACGAAUACAAAGUAACUAAAUUAAAUAUAUAUAGUUGGAACUAAAUUAAAUGGAACAAAUUGUGAGAAAAACUUUAAUAGUCAGUCAUUCUAUUUAAAUGUGCAAUAUAUUAUUUUAAAAAUGUAGUUGUUAUUUAUAAAGAGAUUGACAGGUAUUUCUACACUGGUCAUAGAAUGAAUAAAUUCCAUACAAUUGUUUCAGAUUAUAUUGUAAACUUCAUUGAAAUAAUUCAGUUAAAUUGUUUAUUUUGCUCACCUUAAAAAUAUUUUACAUAUUUAGGUUGUUGGUUUUAACAUUGUUUCAUUUUAGCACCUUCAUUUCUGUUUUGGAUGGACAUCUUGUAACCUGUUGUGAAUCAAUAGAAAUUACAAUUCUAUUACUGCG